UUGGGGAGCGCGUGCGGAAGGGUCAGGCGGAGCUGAUCUGGCAACAGCGCUCUGUGACGUCAAACCAAGGUCGAAGCAGCUGCAGGCUUCGUGGCGCAGACCGCAGAAGCUCCGUAGCAGCGAGACCGCGAAUACCGCUAUUUGUUCGAAGGUUCUUCUGGCAUGUCACCUCCAGAGACGGAACAGGGGGGGGCAACUGUGUACCUGGGCACCCUGCUGGACGCAGACCAGGGCAUGGUGGAGCUGGUGUCUGGUAACACGCGGCUGGUGGCGCACAGGGCUGUCGUGGCGGCCAGGAGCCCCGUCUUAGCCUCAAUGCUCGACAACGGCAGUGACCAGCUCACCAUCCCGGAUGUGGAGGGCCCCGUGCUGGCAAUGCUGGUGUCCUACAUGUACGCCUUCAGGCUCUCUGGACUGGCCGGUAUGGGUCCCCAGUUACUGGCCGCCGCUGACCAGUACAAAGUGGUUGGCCUGAGGGCUGCAUGUGAACAGCUCAUGGCCGCAGAGAACACAGCUGACAGACAGAUGUAGUACCAUGUGUGAAAUAAAUCAACUUCGCUUCAAAUGUGUUUAAUAAAUAUUUGUACACAAAGAAUUCAAAUGAAAUAAGAUGCCAUUACCACUCACUUAUACCACCAAUAUGUAGGACAUUUAACUAAUUGAUUUAGGUACCAACAGAACAGAAGUAACAGCACAUUAAUGUAACUUAAAUUAGCUGACAGUAAUCUGAAAUACCGAGAUCUUUCAAUAACUGACGGUCCAAAAUUUUCUUGUCGGAAGAUGUUUAUUCUCAAAAGUUAAGGAUCGGUGGCAAUAUGAAUCAAUAUUUCUUUUAUAUAUAUUAAUUUUUCUACAUAUUCUAUGACGUUGUGUAUUCGCUGUUGGUGUGAGCUCCGGUCCUGUGCUUAUAGCCACGUUUUCACUGCAUGAAUUACACAUUCAUCUUCUUCAAAGAUCAUCCCCACAUACAGAAUUCUUAAAUGACCCAGAUGGGUAACAGUCUAAGGGCACCUGGUCUGGGUUGCAGGGAGGAUGAAGCAGUGAUGUCCACCCUAAUAUGUGAUGUGUUCUUGAGUUCUGGUAAGUGUUUUCGUGUUUCAGCAAGAUUUCUUUUGGAUUCUUGUCAAAUCCAACAUGUCAGAAAUGGUUACAGAGUUCGUUCAGUCGUUACCGUACCUGUGAAUUAAUGGUUGACCCAAUUCACAAUACAUUUUCGAGACUUUGCCAGCAGAGGAGCUUCCUAGAACUUAUGUUUAGGUUAUUGUGAGCUUUACCACUCAAGUGCCUUUUUGUAUCCUGCUCAAAGUGGCGCACCCAGGAUAUAUCACCUGUGAUGAUCUAUGAUAGGAAGGCCGCUUCAUCGGUAUCAAACUGCCCCAUUAGUUCAGAUAAAAUGACUUUUUUAAAAAUUUUGUUGUCUGUUGUGAGGAUUCAUGGACGUCACCUCUGAAUAUUCAAUAGUUUGUCAUUCCACUUCAAAUGUUUACCGACAGCUGUAGAACCAACUAAUCGAAUUGUGAUGCACUUGUCUCAAUGAAUAAUGGCAUCUGCGGGAUUCACAAUGUUUGGAGUAUGGUUGUGGAUAUGACAUUUCAAACGUGGCACAUUAUGGAAGUCAGUUUUUGCAAUUCUUGAUGCUUCAACUCUUCUUAUCCAUAGCCCAAAAGUAGCCCUACAACUGCAUCACACCAUACACACCACAGAAACAUUUAUUAAUGUUUACCCUGGUUUAUUUUUCUGCAACUAAGAAAUCGAUUACAACACCUUGGUUUUAAUGGCUCGCUAUGCCUCUUCCAUAUGCUGGAAUUGUAAUCUAUGCACACAUCCAGGAAAAACAUAGAAUUUAAAAGAUCUAAAAGGAAGUUUUCCUAUGUAUAUUAAUGGGUGUAAGAAAAUUCGAUGUUUGUUUACUGAACAACCCUCACAUAUUUACAGCACAAUUUUUUCAAAAGUCUGUGGGGGGCGAACAUAUACUCAAUUUGUUAACAAGGAAUACACCUCCUCUACAAUGCUUUAUUUCGUUACCACUAGUGUUAAAGUAUUUCUUACCAGUUUACACGAUGCUACAUGGACCUACUGUGCGUUACAUGUCACCUAUAUUACUUCCCUAUUAGUUCUGCGGUUAGAAUCUUACCAUUUUGUCUGGACUCAUACCGAAUUUAUCUCCAUGUCUGCAGCAAAGCUACAGUUUCCACUAGACUGUUGUGACAGUGGAAAUAUUUACAUCAAGUUUUGUACUUACUUCUUACUUACAAUGUUCACAUGUAAAGUAAGUGGAAGAGGGGUAUCUAAUGUAUGUUUCCAACCAGUGAUCUUGCAAAUACCCAUUUUCUUUGUAACAUUUAUGCCACAAGCAUAGGUGUCACAGAACGUAAAUAUCCCAGAUAUACUACUGUACAAUUGUAAUUCCGUAGUUGUACAGGAGCUCACUGAAUCUUUAACAAAAUAACACUGUUCUACAGAUACUGGGUACAAAUAAUAGUUUUCAUGUGGAAAUCAUUUUGGUGCAUCAAACACGCUGAGUGCUGUAAGAAGAGGAUGAAGUGUCGUUACAGAAGUAAAUGACUGAAUAAAACUACGCAGAAUUUGUCUGGAGCUCUUCGCUGGCUCUUUACUAUUUGCCUUGUUUUACUAUUACUCGCGUAACAAUUAAUAUAUGAGAUAAAAUAUGUUGCUACGAAAAGAGCCCCGAAAUACCUUUUAGUGAUGCUGUGCUAUGACUUUCUUUAGAUCAUUAAUUUUCAACAAAACAAAAUAUAUUAUGUUCUUAUUAUUCUGGAUCUGACUUUCUAUUAAAGGAACAUUUUUUCGUUACUGUAA